CCUACCACUACCACUAUGACACUCUCCCGGACAACCACCAUCCCCAGCAUCCACAGCUGGUGGUCAGACUCCAAUCCAACUGGGGCCACACUCAAUCUUCAUGCUGCAGCAAAGCCGCUCAUGCGGUUCAUGUAUGAACGUCAAGCACUGAAGCUUAUCCAUACGAAGGGGACUGAAGAACUGACACAAACCAUGUUUGUUGAGUAUCUCAGCUAUCUCAUUGUGCCAUAUCUCAGCGACUUCACAAAGUCACGGAUCUUUGGAGAAAUCUGGGCAAAGAUCUCAACAGCAAAGAGCCACCUAUCGAUGUGUAAUCCCAUUAAACUUGAUAUCUGA